GUGAGGUAGUGCCAUCAUCUCUAAGUGAAAUCGCACCAUUUCUCCGCGUGGCCAAUGAGGUCGAGCCCAGAAACCCCAGGGUAGCUUAUAUAUGUCGAUUCUAUGCCUUCGAGAAAGCUAACCGGUUAGAUCCAACUCAAGUGGUCGUGGAGUUCGCCAGUUCAAAACUUCCCUUCUUCAACGGCUAGAAAGGGAAAAUUAAACAACGCUGGCUGGAAGGACGACAAAAAGUGAUACUCGUGAAAUGCAGAGUUUCUACCAGCAUUACUAUAGGAAGUAUAUUCAGAAUGCUGCUGAUAAAGCUGAUCGUGCACGCCUUACCAAAGCAUACCAAACAGCUGCUGUACUUUUUGAGGUCUUGAAAGCUAAUAACUCCACAGAAGUUGUAGACGUGGCUGAUGAGAUUUUGGAAGCUCACACAAAGGUUGCAGAGAAGACUGAGAUACUUGAUAAUAAACUUUUACUUGACCCUGAUGGUUCAAAUCAAGCAAGCAUGAAGCCAGUAAUUGAAAAAUAUAAUGAAGACAAGGCCGAAUUGACACCCACUUUAGAAGCCAAGUUUUGGAAAACGGAGGCAGAAAUGUGGAGGCAGCAGUUAGAAAAUUUACAAGAGGUCGACAGGCGGGUGCAGAGUGAAGAAUUAAAGCAAAAGGUAGGUGUUAUUCAUAGAGAAAAUAUGGAAUUGUUGAAGGAGCUCACACUCACCCGCCAAGAGAACAGAGAACUUCAAAAGAAGGUUUAUGGAACAACAAAGGAAGAUGGGAAUAGACCAGACCCUAACAAUAAGGAUGGAGACAAAGGUGUUGAUGAUCUGAACAAAACCAAUGAAAUUGAGGAGGUGCAGAUACUUCAGGCAGCACAAAAUAAUAAUAAACAAGCUGAAGAGCUUUUGCAUACAAAAGGAAAUUAA